AUGGCUCUGCCAUCUGUUCGUCGUCGCGCUUCUCCGCGUCUUCCGCCUCCAAUCCUCCUUUCCCUCUCAUUCCCUCUCCUCCUUUCCCUCUCAGUCCCUCUCCUCCUUUCCCUCUCAGUCCCUCUCCUCCUUUCCCUCUCAGCCCCUCUUCCCUUUCCCUCUCAGCCCCUCUCCUCCUUUCCCUCUCAGCCCCUCUCCUCCUUUCCCUCUCAGCCCCCCUCUCAGCCCCUCUCCUCCUUUCCCUCUCAGCCCCUCUCCUCCUUUCCCUCUCAGCCCCUCUUCCCUUUCCCUCUCAGCCCCUCUCCUCCUUUCCCUCUCAGCCCCUCUCCUCCUUUCCCUCUCAGUCCCUCUCCUCCUUUCCCUCUCAGCUCCUAUCCUCCUUUCCCUCUCAGCCCCUCUCCUCCUUUCCCUCUCAGCCCCUCUCCUCCUUUCCCUCUCAGCCCCUCUUCCCUUCCCUCUCAGCCCCUCUCCUCCUUUCCCUCUCAGCUCCUCUCCACUUUUCCCUCUUCUCACGCUGCUUCCCCGCUUCGUCCCCCACUCCCCUUGUCAUUCCUUCCGUUUCCCCCAUGCCCAUUUCCCUCCAUUUACCCCAUUGUCUUACUCACUGUUUCAUCCGUGCUUGGAUCUUCCCUUCCCGUCACCAUGCUUACCCUCCCAUCCUCCCUCUCUGUUGUCCUUGCUUCUGAUGCAUCCCUUCCCUCUUCAAUUUUACACCCUACACCCUUUCCUCCUUUGUCCUCCCUCUCCUCACUGCUUUUCUCCUCCCAUCCCUCUCCCUCUCUCCUUCCAUCUCUCUCCGACUCAUAUCGCCCAUCCCCCAUGCUUUCCAGGAAUAAUCCCCACAUACCGCCCAAUGUCCGACGUCUAUCCUCACAUUCCUCUUCGCCUCCCUCAUCCCAUCCCUCACCACUUCCCUCCCUCCUCCAAUCCCUCACCAUUUCCCUCCCUCCUCUCAUGCCGUCAAACACUCAUUCCAUCUCAUACUUAUUCUGUCAAACAUUCGUAUGCCCUGUUUCUCCCUCUGUUUCCCCUUGUCUUUCCCUCCGUUUCCCCCUUUUCCCUCCCUCCCUUCCCCCUUGUCCUUCCCUCCGUUUCCCCCCUUGUCCCUCCCUCCCACCCACCUUGUCCUUCCCUCUGCCGUCCACCCCUUCCCUCCCUCCCUCCCUCCCUCCUCCCGUGCCUCCCCGCCCCCCCGUCGCCGCCCCUAGCGGCCCCAUCGCCGCCCUCAGCGGCCUCGCCGCCGCCUCCCUACAUACGCGGCCCCCCUCGCCGCCCCUAGCGGCCCCGUCGCCGCUCCCCUCCCUACGCGGCCUCGUCGCCGCCCCUAGCGGCCCCUUCAGCCGCCAAGCCGCCCAGCAGCCAAGCCGCCGAGCAGCCGAGCCGCCGAGCCGCCCGACAGCCGAGCCGCCCAGCAGCCGAGCCGCCGAGCAGCCGAGCCGCCCAGCAACCGACCCGCCCAGCAACCGACCCGCCGAGCCGCCCAGCAGCCGAGCCGCCGAGCCGCCCGACAGCCGAGCCACCCGACAGCCGAACCGCCCGACAGCCAAGCCGCCCAGCAGCCGAGCCGCCGAGCCGCCCUGCCGUCGAGCCAGUACUGUUCCUACCGGCGCGCCCCGGCACUACUUACUCGGACUGUCGCUGAUCUCAUUACGCACCCCCACUAGUGACACUCGCUACCGCGCUGCGCUUCCUGCAGAGUUCUGCGCCAAGACCCCGCCCCCCAUGUAUAUCACCCUCUACUACAUAGUCACCCGGCUCCCUGACUCCCUUUGCUUAGUCAGGGACCACUUCCUCUCAGUUUGCCCCACCACACUCACCGUUGACCUCCUCGAGGAGCGCCUCCUAGCAGCAAAGAAGAGCAUAGUUGCUGUAGGAGCCUCUCGUGGUGACCCUCGCACCCCCGUCUUUCAGGGGUGUUCCCCCUCCCCCCUCUUGCCCUCUGUUGCUUCUGCUGCUGCUGCCGACCUCGUUGGUUUCUACGGGGUUGGCGCUGCGUCUGCCCCUAGCGAGAGACGCCGCACCGGCAAGGGCAAGGGGGGCAAGGCGCAGGAGGGGCUGGCGGGGGCGGUGGAGGUGGUGGUGGAGGCAAUGGAGGGGGUGGGGGUGGUGGUGACAGUGGUGGCGGGGGUGGAGGCGGCGGUGGCAGCAGUGGAGGCGGAGGAGGCGGCGGUGGUGGCGGAGGGAGCGGAGGCGGCGGAGGUGGCGGAGGCGGCAGAGGUGGCGGAGGCGGCGGAGGUGGCGGCGGCGGUGGAGCUGGUCGAGGCUCUGCAUAGAGGAGUGCAUCCGGUGGUGGUCCGCGCCAGCAGCAGCAGCGCAGUCGUGAGACCCUAUCCCCUCAGCAGCUUCGUGAGUGGUACGCUGCGCGUCAACGCGGGGGUUACCAUCUUUGAUCUUGACUAUGAUGCUAUUCUUGCUGCCAUGUAUGUUGUGUCUACUAGUGAGGACGGUGACUGUUACCUGUGUGUUCCGCCUGACCCGGGGAUUGAGGAUGCUACUCUAGGUGCUGGUGAGGCUGCUGCUCUAGGUGCUAGUGCGUCUGCUGCCCUAGGUGCUGGUGAGUCUGCUCUCUCAGGUCUCUACCUCCCCUCGUUCUCUACGAACUUGGUGAGUGGAGCUGAUCUACAAGAUGGGGGGGUUGACCAGUUCACUCCUGUGAGUCAGCGGGUGACCCACUGUACGUGUGCUCGGACGGGCCGACACUUGGCCACGUUUACCCGUCAGCCGGGGUCGAGCCUGUACACACUGACUACUGAGUCUCCUCCGGUUGCUGUGUCUGUCGUGAUACUAGCAUAA